GUCACGGAGCUGCUGGUCACGUGUCCUUCAGAGGGAGUGGAGCUGCACUGUUGAUGAUCGGUUAUUGAUGAUCGGUUUCAGUUUCUGAUCUCCGCUUAUUUAAGCUAUCGAUUAGACCAGAGCGCUCCUUCCUCCGCGCGCGUGCUGACUGAGCUACGUCAUCGUCCUGAUCCUCCUCCUCCUCGUCUUCGUCAUGUCUGCGGUGCAGAGGAUGAAGGUGGCGAACGAGAAGCACAGCAAGAGCAUCACGCAGCGCGGACACGUCCAGAAGACCGCGCGCGUGGUGAAUGAGGAGAAGUCUCCGGUGGGGCCGUGGCUGCUCGCUCUGUUCGUGUUCGUGGUGUGUGGCUCAGCUAUCUUCCAGAUCAUCCAGAGUAUCCGGCAGGGUCUGUAGAGUCGGAAGUGAGUGGAUGAGUCGGUGGAGUUUCUCGGGAAAAACGGCAGGCUCCGCCUCCAUCCCCCCAUCAGCCAAUCAUCUCUUCCCACCGUUUUCUUCAGUAGUUUCACUCCGUUAGUGUUUAGGUUCCGUUCUGGACGUUCUUCGGUUCUGUACAGUGGAGCAGUUCUCGUCUCACCUGCGGUUGUGUGAGCUGUUUACGUCUCAGUGCGUUUCUGAGCCUGAGUUCAUUUCUGCGCUAACUACAGCGACAGUUCGGUGAAAACCCGUUUCCCUCCUGACACCGUCGAUCAGCCGAGUGUUCAGCGUCUGAGGUUUACUGUUAUAGUUUAGCUGGAGCUACGAGGCUCAUGUAGCCAAAGAGUAAUGGACGCUUAUACCCACCAAUUAGCAUGAUGCUAACUGCACAACUAAACCAUCGCACACUCCUCAUGGCCUUCACUCUCCCAGCGCGGUGGGGGGAUAGACCAGCUCAUAUGAGCUGGAUAUGAGUAAAUUAGGGAUAAAAUUGGGCAAAAAUAAGAUAAAUAUGUAAAUGUGACCCAUGAAACCGUCUUAUAACAUGUCUAUAAAUAUUUGAGAGCCAUAAACAUCACAGAUAAAAAAUCAGUAUACUUAGUAAAACACCUGGAGCUCUAUACGAUACACCAAAACGAUCGUUUUUUAAUUCUAAAUCUCAUUACUGCCGCCCACUUAUCUGUUUGUCAUUACUGUUAUUUAUCUUUUUUUUGUUUUUAUUUAUAAAACAUUUGUUUUUAUUACUUUCUAACUGUUACAUUUCUUUAAAGUUCUCAUUACAAACUGUAAGAAAAAAAACAAAAUGUGACGCAAGUUAUAAAGAAAAACCUCAGUGUUGCGGUAAUGAGACAAAACUGCUAAAUGCUAUAUUUUACAAAAUAUAUAUAUAUUUUAAUAAUUAGCUGUGAAAUACAACAGUGUACAGACUGUGAAAAUUAGAAGAAGAAAAAAUAAACCAUUAUUUGUGGUUUUAUCCUUUAAUUUCAGUUUUAAUAAUUCAUUAUUUAAAUUCAAAACUGUUGCUAAAAUCUCUUUGAAAUCAAUUUAAUCAGUCAGGUUAGUUUUGAAUUAUUCAUAAGGCAUCACUGUUCUGACUCAGACACACUGCUCUCUACAGAGACGGGCUAAUGUUAUAGCAAUAUUAGCAUUAGCAGCUUUCGCCCAUAGGCUUCCAUCGCAUGUUAGCUGCAUUAGCCUCGUAGCUGCAGCGCUAAGACUCAGCACACCCAGCACGUCUUAUGUGAUCGACUACAUUGGGGUAAGUUGGAAAACCUGGUACGUCGGUUUUUCACCAGACUGUCUCGCGUUUAUGGUUUGUUUUAGGAGACGUCGCUUCUGAGCUGCAGCCAGACAUCCGCGCUGUUUACUGUCCAACACUGGACGCUGCACUGGAGCUGCUCAGUUUACAGGGUGACCAGCAUUUUCCUUCCUUUGUUAAUUAGCCGGGGGCGACAGGAAGGGAGGUGUAGGGGUUUCUCACCACAGAGGAGCUCAACCAAAUACAGCAGACAACAUUAGCAUGAGUCCGUGUGUGCACUGCUGACUGGGCUGACGGUUUCACUGUUAGCGUUUCUGAGUGAGGUUCAUUUUCAAGACGUGGUUAUAAACGUGGUUAUAAACGUGGUUAUAAGACUCCGGCUGUCAGAGCUGGUCACUGUCUCGGAUCUUCCUCUGUUGUUCUGGCCCAUUUGGUUGGAGGGCGUGUCUCUGAUCUCUGUCUGAACUGUUUUGUAUGAACGGCAGUGAUGAAGCAGCCAUAACCCCCCCCCAAUCCCCCCACCCACAAACCCACCCAACACC